AUGCUUUCGAAAGUGAUCUAUGCCCUGUUUUUCGCCGUUCUUACGGUCCAUGUUGUUCGUGGACAACAGUUCGCUGACCAAUUCACGCAAGGCACAAUCCUAGACUCAUGGGGAGGAAAUUUGGGUCCGAACAACCCGAACUCCGUGCAAAGCCGGCUGUCUUACCAAAACCCAGGAUACUACGGAGGUAGGUUAAUAAUUUAAAAACGAAAAAAGGAGAUCUUGUCAAAUUCUACAACGAUUUUUGUCAAAAAGUCAAAAUUUCACCAUGUAUAAUAUAAAAAUUUAUGGGUUUCUUUAGCGAAAUUUAAAAUAUUUUCACAAGAAAGUCAUUUUUAACCCAUUCAAUGUCUUGUUUUCUCAUACCAAUCAAUUUCCGAGCCAAAUCAGCCCUUGCAACAGAAUGCCAAAAUUUCGCGGCAAAACCUUUUUUGAAAACUUCUUAGCCAAAAUUUCCCAUAGAACUCGUUAGAAAAUAGGUAUACAGUCCUAAAAUGCCUAUUCCAAAAUUUUUUAUUUAUUUUUUCUUCCAUUUUAACAUCUAUCUUACUCUUUUUUCAGCUCGUUACAACUACAACAACUACUACGGCAACGGAUUCUUCGGUUAG